AUGCGGCUCUGCUAUAUUUCGAGUGUUGUUGGAGUUGGCCUAGAAGAACAAAAGCUGAACGUGGAAAACAGACCAAAAUAUUAUGGAAGAGAGUUUCACGGGAUCAUCUCCCGGGAGCAGGCUGAUGAGCUCCUCGGGGGUGUGGAGGGGGCCUACAUCCUUAGAGAAAGCCAGCGGCAGCCAGGAUGCUACACGUUGGCUCUAAGGUUUGGAAACCAGACCUUAAACUACAGGCUCUUCCACGAUGGGAAACACUUUGUGGGCGAGAAGAGGUUUGAGUCGAUUCAUGAUCUGGUGACAGAUGGCUUGAUAACGCUGUACAUAGAAACAAAAGCUGCUGAAUACAUUUCCAAAAUGACAACUAACCCCAUCUAUGAGCACAUUGGAUAUGCUACUCUGCUCAGAGAAAAGGUAUCCAGAAGACUGAGCAGGUCUAAACAUGAAUCGAGAAAAGCGAGCGUCACGAGCGAAGAGCACACGGCAGUGGAAAAGAUCUCCUCCCUGGUUCGAAGGGCCGCGCUCACACACGACAACCACUUCAACUAUGAGAAGACACACAACUUCAAG